GAACAUACCCAACUGACCAAUUAUACCAUGCUUUGGGCAAUAUAUUAGACCCACCUUAGAAAUUUUACAAUAUAUAAUAUGGAUCCUCUACAGCUUCCUUCUCUUGUUCUUCCUCUAUGUAUUUUCCUGUCCUUUUCACUCGUAAUUUUGGGUCGUUUCGGGGCGAUGGAAGAACACAAUGACUGGGUAAUGGGAAGGAAGCCAUGGGAGAAAGAUAUAUGGAAACCUUCAACAAGUUUAGUAAUGGGAGUUGAAGAAAGUAGGCCUCUUAAGAUCAUCUUCAAAGGGCCAGCUAAGAAUUGGACUGAUGCUCUUCCUAUUGGUAAUGGUCGUUUUGGUGCUAUGGUUCAUGGUGGACUUUCAUCUGAGAUUAUAAAUCUUAAUGAUGACACACUCUGGACCGGUGUCCCGGGAGACUACACGGAUCCAAAUGCUCCACAGGCUAUAGCAAAUGUGAGAAAGCUCGUGGAUAGUGGAAACUAUUCGGAAGCUACUGCUUUUGCAGACAAGGAGCUCUCUGGAGACUCAUCUAAUGCUUACCAGCUUUUGGGUGAUCUCAUACUGGAAUUUGAUGACCACGACUCUGCGUAUAUAGAACAAACGUACCACAGAGAGCUAGACCUGGAUACUGCAACUGUUACAGUGAAAUACUCUGUAGGCGAUGUUGAGUUCACAAGACAGCUCUUUGCUUCAAGUCCUGAUCAAGUGAUUGUGGCCAAGAUCUCGUCGAGUAAACAAGGUUCUCUCUCCUUUACAGCCUCUUUGGAUAGUAAACUGGAUCAUCAUUCCUACACGAAUGAAAAAAACCAGAUCAUUAUGGAAGGAAGUUGUUCUGGAUAUCCAAAGGGGAUCCAGUUUUCUUUGGUUCUAAAUUUGCAAAUUGAUGGUGAAAGUGGUAAGAUACAUAAUCUACAGGGCCGUGAUUUAAGAGUAGAACAUGCAGAUUCUGCAGUCAUUCUUCUUGUGGCAUCAUCGUCAUUUGAUGGGCCAUUCACCAAACCUUCAGAUUCUAAGAAAGAUCCAACUUCAGAAGCUCUCAGUAGGAUAAACUCAAUAAAUAACAUUUUAUACUCCACUCUUUAUACCCGUCAUUUGGAUGACUAUCAGAAACUAUUUCACCGUGUUUCACUUCAGCUGUCUAAAAACAGUAAUAUUGACGAAAAGAUUUCUACAGCACAGAGAGUGCAGUCUUUUCAAACUGAUGAAGAUCCUUCUUUGGUGGAGCUGUUAUUCCAGUAUGGUAGAUAUUUGUUGAUUUCCAGUUCGAGACCAGGAACUCAGCCUGCAAAUCUGCAAGGAAUAUGGAGUAAGGAUGUGUAUCCACCUUGGAGUUGCGCACCUCACCUGAAUAUCAAUCUUCAGAUGAACUACUGGCUGUCACUUUCUUGCAACCUUCAAGAGCUACAAAAACCUUUGUUUGAUUACUUGUCUUUCCUCGCAAUCAAUGGGAAGAAAACUGCAAAUGUAAACUACAAAGCUAGUGGAUGGGUUGCUCACCAAGUGACUGAUAUAUGGGCAAAAACAUCACCUGAUAGCGGGCAAGCAGUUUGGGCCUUGUGGCCCAUGGGAGGGGCUUGGCUUUCAACUCACUUAUGGGAACACUACACUUAUACAAUGGAUAAGAACUUUCUAGAAAACAAGGCAUACCCGAUAUUAGAAGGAGCAGCUUCAUUUUUGUUAGACUGGUGGAUUGAAGAUAAAGAUGGGUACCUAGAAAGUAACCCUUCAACUUCUCCUGAGCAUAUGUUUACUUCCCUGAAUGGGAAGCCUGCAAGUGUGAGCUAUUCAUCAACCAUGGAUGUGGCUAUAACUAAGGAAGUAUUUUCCAUAAUUAUUUCUGCUGCUGAGGAAUUGGGAAGAACCAGAGAUGAUCUUGUCAGAAAUGUUCUAAAGGCUCAGGCAAAACUGCCACCUUACAGAAUUGCCAAGGAUGGUUCUCUUAUGGAGUGGGCGCAGGAUUUUGACGACCCAGACCCACAUCAUAGACAUGUAUCACACUUGUUUGGUAUAUUUCCGGGUCACUCAAUCACUCCUGAGGAAGAGCCUGAUCUAUGCAAAGCUGCAAAUUACAGCCUAUAUAAACGAGGAAAAGAGGGGCCUGGGUGGUCUACAGUGUGGAAGGCUGCACUGUGGGCACACCUUCAUAGCAGUGAGCAUGCAUAUCAGAUGGUCAAACAUUUGUUUGACUUGGUGGAUCCUGAACGCGAGGGCAGCUACGAAGGAGGGGUUUAUAGUAAUUUGUUCACAGCACACCCGCCUUUUCAGAUUGAUGCAAACUUGGGCUUUUCUGCUGCUAUAGCAGAGAUGCUUGUUCAGAGCACAGUGAAAGAUCUUUACUUAUUGCCUGCACUUCCAAGAGAUAAAUGGAGUAACGGUUGUGUCAAAGGAUUGAGGGCUCGAGGAGGUGUGACAGUCAAUAUUUGCUGGACUGACGGAGACCUGCAUGAAGUUGGUCUUUGGUCAAAUGGCUCUAAUUCUGUCAAGAGACUAAAUUAUAGAGGCACUACAGUCAUGGCAGACAUCUUACCUGGUACAGUCUACACAUUUGAUAGUCAAUUAAAGUGUGUUAACACACAAUCUCUCCUAUAAAUUAUUUCCUCCUGUAUACAGAAAAGGAAGCAGCCCUGACAUUUAGGGCAUUCUUUUUCUACUCCUUAUUUUUCUUCCUCAAUUCUUAUGCUUACCAGUAUAAAACCAUAAAUGUAUAAUGUAUGUUCAUGGAGAAAUAUUCGAAUUCUUUA